ACCGCACCGGGGCCGCUGAGAAACCUUGCGCCAAAGAAAUUUAAAAACUUGACUUCCAGACUCGGCUCAUCCCGCAAGUGGUGAGGUGCCUUCAGGGAAGAAGCGUGGGGACUGAGGAGACCCUAGAGCCACGUUUCUCAAACUUGCCUGCCAAAAGUUGGGCAUAAAACAAUGCCUAAACCUACUUUUGACAUGGUAUUAGAACCGAGCUACUGCUGAGAGUUUGAUUUAGAGAGAAAUCAUGGUUCGACUAACCCUGGAUUUAAUUGCCAAAAAUAGCAAUCUUAAACCCCGAAAAGAAGAAACCACUUCACAAUACCUGAAGAAAAUAACUCAUAUAAAUUUUUCAGACAAAAAUAUAGAUGCAAUUGAAGACCUCUCUCCUUGCAAAAAUCUCAGUGUUUUAUAUUUGUAUGAUAACCGUAUUAGUCAAAUGACUAACUUGAAUUAUGCUACAAAUCUGACCCACUUAUAUCUACAAAACAACUGUAUUUCAUGUAUAGAGAACCUCAGGUCAUUAAAGAAACUGGAAAAACUGUAUCUGGGAGGCAAUUACAUUGCUGUCAUAGAAGGUUUAGAAGGAUUAGAAGGACUAAGAGAGCUUCAUGUUGAGAGUCAGAGGCUUCCCCUUGGAGAAAAGCUUCUGUUUGAUCCAAGAACUCUUCAUUCUCUGGCAAAAUCCCUCUCUAUAUUGAAUAUCAGCAAUAACAAUAUUGAUGACAUAAAAGACCUAGAAAUACUGGAGAAUCUUAAUCAGCUCAUAGCAGUUGACAACCAACUUCUGCUUGUGAAGGAUUUGGAAUUUCUACUGAACAAGUUGAUGAAGCUGUGGAAAAUGGAUCUAAAUGGAAAUCCUGUUUGUCUCAAACCUAAAUACAGAGACAGACUGAUACUAGUGUCCAAAUCACUGGAAUUUCUCGAUGGAAAAGAAAUUAAAAAUAUGGAAAGACAAUUCCUAAUAAAUUGGAAAGCAUCCAAAGAUGCCAGGAAAAUCAGCAAGAAAAGGAACACUAAAACCGAGGAUGCAGGUAUCCCUCUUUGAAGGAAUCUGAAAGCUUGCUGACAAAAGUGAUAUACUUGAACUUCACCUUCUCCGA